AUGAUGGUGGUUGCUGCUCCUGGAACAGCUUCAACGACUGCCCCACAAAACCCCAAAAUCAGCGCCUCUCAAGAUGAGCGUUCAAGAAGGCCACCAUUAUUGCCUUCUGAAAAAGAUAAUAGUAAUGGUGUUUCAGGCAAUACAUCUAAAAGGCCCAAAUCGAGAAUUGUCUCUUCAAGAUACAUGUCCCCUUCAACCUCAAAUGCUUCUUCAGUUUCCUCAUCUUCCGUCUCUUCUAGAAGGUACCCGUCUCCUUUGGUUUCGAGAAAUUCGACCCCGGUUUUGAAUACGCCUUCGUCGGGCCCGAAGAGGUCUGUCUCUGUGGACCGCCGGCGGCCCGUGUCUGCAAGGCCCUUAGCACUUGAUCUUGAUUCCAAGCAUAGCAAUUGCAGCAAUGAGGUUUCAGCUGCCACAAAGCUUUUGGUCACUUCUACUCGAAGAUUAUCUGUUUCCUUUCAAGGUGAAGCGUUUUCGCUGCCCGUUAGUAAGACUAAGGUGGCCCCACCUUCGCCUAACUCUAGUAGUGUGAGGAAGGGCACUCCUGAGAGGAGAAGGAGCAGUACACCAUCGAGAGGGAAGGGCGAUGGAGGAGGAGAUCAAGUAGAGAAUACUAAGCUGGCCGAUCAGCAUCGAUGGCCAGCGCGGAACCGGCUAGUGAAUCCAUUGUCAAGAAGUUUGGAUUGUAGUGGUAGCGGUGAUGAGAAGAGUAAGCUCACUGGAUCUGGAAAUGUGAUUCGAACAUUGCAACAAUCAUUGAUUGAUGAGAGUAGGGCAUCCUUGGAUGGCAGGGUUAGUCUUGAUUUGGGCUGUUCCCAGCUUCUCAAGGCCGCGCCGGAUGGAAAUUUGGUAAAUCACGAGUCUUCUCUGCAAUCUGAUCUCACUGCAUCUGAUACGGAUAGUGUCUCUUCUGGUAGUACUUCAGGAGCUCAAGAAUGUGGUGGGGCCUCCCAUGGCCGUAAUGGGCCUCGCGGAAUUGUUGUUUCGGCUAGAUUUUGGCAAGAAACAAAUAGUCGAUUGAGGAGGUUGCAGGAUCCAGGUUCACUCUUAUCGACGAGUCCUGGGUCCAAGCUGAUUGUGCCUCCGAAAUUGAAAAAGUUCCCAAGUGAUGGUCCGCUGUCUUCCCCGAGAAUGAUGUCUUCUCCUAUUCGUGGAGGUAUUAGAGCUGCAUCUCCCAGCAAGCUUAAUACACCUGUCGGAUCAUCUCCAUCUCGUGUCAGAAAUGCUGUUAGCACAAUUAGCAAUAAUUUUAGUGAGGCACCCUCAGUUCUUAGUUUUUCCGUUGACGUUAGGAGGGGGAAGGUUGGAGAGAACCGCAUUUUUGACGCACACUUGUUGAGGCUUCUGUACAAUCGACAACUGCAGUGGCGCUUUGUAAAUGCUAGAACUGAAGCUGUCCUGCUGGUGCAGAAACACAGUGCAGAGAAAAACCUAUGGAAUGCAUGGAUAACAAUCUCUGAUCUGCGCGAUACUGUCACCAAAAAAAGACACAGAUUGCAAUUGCUGAGGCAAAAGUUAAAACUAGCUUCCAUUCUCAAGGGUCAAAUGUCCUUUUUGGAAGAUUGGGCUUCUUUGGAUAAAAACCACUCAAUUUCUUUGCUAGGAGCUAUUGAAGCUUUGAAGGCUAGCACUCUUCGUCUUCCGGUUGUUGGAGGAGCAAUUGCCGACAUGCAAAGCUUGAAAGAUGCUAUUAGUUCCACAGUUGAUGUGAUGCAGACAAUGGCAUCCUCAAUAUGUUCACUUCUGCCAAGGGUUGAAGAAGCAGACUCAUUAGUGACUGAACUUGCAAAAGUCACGGCUAAAGAGCGGGCUUUACUUGAACAGUGCACGGAUUUUAUAUCCAUGAUAGCAGCAAUGCAGGUUAAAGAAACUAGUCUGAGAACACAUAUGCUACAACGUAACUGUGUAUCAUCAGCCUGA